GAGAAAUGGUGAGAGUGAAGUUGUUCACGUUUCAGAUAAACGGCUUCGAUGGGCAUGACCGAGUUCGUAUUGUCGUGCCUGAACAUCUGAACUGAUAAAAUUUUAAGCACCAUGUUGAAGAUGGGCUUCAAUGCAUUUUGCUUGCCUGUCAGGAAGAUUGUCGUCUCCACGGAGUUGCUGAAACAUUUUAGAAGUGAUGCUGAGAUAGCUACGAUCAUUGGUCAUGAGGUUGGGCAUGCAGUUGCUCGACAUUCUGCAGAGGGCAUUACAAAGAACCUGUGGUUUGCAAUCAUGCAACUGAUACGUUAUCAGUUUGUUAUGCCUGAUGUUGUCAACACAAUGUCCAAUCUUUUCUUAAGGCUUCCUUUUUCUCAAAGAUCCUGCAAAUGUGGAAUAUAUCCUCAAAACAAACUUUGCAAACUAUGGCAGGAUGGUUUGGGUAGUGGGAUCUUCGCCGUGGAUGGCGAAAAAUGGGUACAUCUAAGGAAGAUAGCACGCAAUGAAUUAUCAACCAAAGCAGUGAGAGACUUCAGCGGUGCUGUUUUCAAAAGCAAUGGUGUAAAACUUGCUCGGAUAAUUUCUGAAGCUGCAACCUCCGACCAAGCAAUAGACAUCCAAGAUUUGUUUAUGAAAGCAGCCUUAGAUUCAAUCGUCAAGGUUCUCCUUGGUAUCGAAGUAGACACCAUGUAUGGGACAAAUGAAGAAGCUACCCGGUUUUCCAAUGCGUUUGAUGUAGUAAAUGAGAUGACCUUGUAUCGUUGCGUUGAUUUCUCCUGGAAGAUUAAAAAGUUGUUGGACAUUGGAUCAGAAGCUAUGCUAAGGAAGAAUUUAAAAGUGGUAGAUGAGUUUGUUUAUAACUUAAUCAAAAGCAAGACUGAAACAGUUCCUAAUUCAGGAGAUGAUCCACAUUUGAAGAGAAGAGACAUUGUUUCAAGGCUUUUGGAAUCGAGGGAGACUGAUCCAAAGUACUUGAGAGACAUGAUCUUCAGUCUGGUUGUUGCCAGAAAAGACACAACGGCUAGCACUCUUUCAUGGUUUAUUUAUAUGAUCUGCAAGCAUCCUCAUAUACAGGAAAAGAUUGCACAGGAACUUAGAGAAGCAACAAAUGUGAAGGAUAAUUCAAGCAUUGAUGAGCUUGCCGACAACCUUACUGAAGAAGCCCUUGACAAAAUGCAAUAUCUGGUUGCAGCUUUGACUGAGACAACCAGGCUCUACCCUGCAGUUCCAUUGAAUGCGAAGAUUUGUUCAUGUGACGAUACUUGGCCAGAUGGAUUUAGUGUAAAAAAAGGGGAUUUGGUGGGAUAUCACGCUUAUGGCAUGGGGAGGAUGAAAUUUCUAUGGGGUGAUGAUGCGGAAGAAUUUCGGCCAGAGAGAUGGCUCGACGAAAAUGGGGUUUUCAAGCAAGAAAGCUCUUUCAAAUUCACAGCCUUCAGUGCCGGUCCAAGGAUUUGUCUAGGGAAGGACUUUGCUCAUAGAGAGACGACGAUGUUUUCUGCUGUACUUGUUGGCAGCUACAUAUUCAAGCUGAGGGAUGAGAACAAAGUGGCCAACUACAAGACCAAGAUCAGCCACCAUAUUGAGGGAGGCCUUUAUGUGCAAGCGUCUCCAAGAUUUGCGCAUGCAAUGCAAGACCUUAAAUAGAUAUAUGUAUGCCUUAAACUUCCAGUACUUUUUCUAUAUAUUUAUUGUAUUACUUCUUAAUUAUCAUAACAAAAGAAGCAGCCUAUAGUUCGUU